AUGGAAUCAUCAAUAUUUAAUAGCACAAAUAUUACAUGUCUAACACCACUUUUUUGGACGCAGGAAGCUCUUGAUGGUCGAAAAGCUCGACUUAUUGUUUGUAUAAUAGCUUCAUUUAUUCAUUCAGUAUUUUGGCUUCAACUUGUUUUCUGUUCAUCUGUUCGGCAAACAUCAAUGCAAUGGAUUUAUGCUUAUCUUAUUACGGAUAUAGUUCUUCUUUUUCGAUUUUUCCUCAUUUAUAUUGUUUAUUCGACAUCUAAUAUUUGUGAACCCAGCAGAUCAUGGGUUUUAUUUAUAUAUUAUUUUGAUGGAACAGUGGAUAAUUAUUUUAAUCUACUUGAGGUAUAUAUUCUAUUAGCUUUAAAUAUAUGUCGUUAUAUACAAAUAGUAUAUAAUAAAAAUGUUUAUCGAGCCCAUGCAAAACUAUUGAUUUUAGCUCAUUUAUGUAUUUAUAUAUUUCCGUUGAUUUCUUUGGUUAUACAGUUUGUUUGUGGUUGGAGUCAAUUAGUCGUGAAUUUUAGAGAUUCAAGUCAAGUUACGUAUACGAACAUAUAUAUUCAAGUAUUUAAUGUUAUUACGGCAUUUGUUCUUCCAAUCUCUCUUAAUAUUAUAGUUAUUUAUCUUAGUAUGCGUCAUGUUCGUUUAACAUCGACUUUACAACAAGGACAACAUCAUGUAUCAGCUCGUGAAAAAUAUAAUCGUUCAUUAGUUAUUCAAUUUCUUGUUUUCUAUACUAUUUGGCUAUCGCUUUGGUCACCAAAUAUUAUCGUUUAUCAAAUAUCAAUUGACGGAAAUGUUACAAGUAUCGUUAGAUUACUUAAUUUUAUUGGAAUAACUUUAGAUCCAAUUAUAAUCGCAGCACUAGAUGUUCGCUUCUGGCAAGAAUGGCGAAAAGUUUUCAUGUAUUUGAAAAAUAAUAAAGUUUUCAAUCAACUAAAUGGAGGACGAAUUCGACCUGCAACAACGAAUGUUCAUGUUAUAUCAGCUAAAACCCCACGAUUACAAACGACUGCUCUAUAA